AUGCCCGCCCCGGCAGCGGUCGCGGACGGCAAGGCGAUCAGGAGACAGGGCGACGGCGAUUUUGACGAAGGGGCGAUGGGGGAAGGGGAGGAGGGGGAGGAGGAGGAGGAGGAGCCGCGUCUGAAAUACCAGCGCCUGGGAUCGGACGUGGCGGACAUCCUGGCGAGGGACGAGGCGUCCUGCCUGUGUGUGUCGGACAAGAUGCUGGUGCUGGGCACGCACAACGGGACGGUGCACCUGCUGAGCUGCGCUGGAGAUGAGGUCAAAUGCUUCGAUUAUCACAAGGCGGCCGUUACCGGCCUCUCUUUCGACAGUGCAACUGAAUACAUUGCCAGCUGCUCCGAUGAUGGCACGGUUGUGAUUCGGAGCCUUUGCUCAGAAGAAUUGUACACAUUCAACUACCAACGACCAUUGAAGAGCAUUGCCCUUGACCCGCGGUUCAGCUCUCGAAAGACCCAAGAAUUUGUGACGGGUGGAGUUGCUGGCAAGCUCCUGUUGAAUUCUCGGGGGUGGCUGGGGAAGAGGGACACUGUCCUGCAUGCAGGCGAGGGACCCAUCCACAUCGUUCGCUGGGCUGGCAGCUUCAUAGCGUGGGCAAAUGAUGUUGGUGUGAAGGUAUACGACUCAUCUUCGCACAAGCACAUCGGAUCUGUUGAUCGCCCUCGUGGGACACACCCAUCGACAAGGAUGCAAUGCCAACUUUUCUGGGAAACGGACAAUGUGCUGCUGAUCGGCUGGGCACACACCAUCAGCGUUGCGAGCAUUCAGUCCCCAGAGCCAACGAGCACGGUGCAGUGUGGAGUGGCCAUUCUGGCCAAAUUUGACAUCGAUGGGAUUGUCUCGGGUAUUGCUCCAUUUGGCAAUGACUUGGCAGUCCUAGCAUACAUGACGACACUAGUCGACAAACCAGGGCAGGUGGAUCCUAAGAACGGAGCACAUUUGAAGCCAUGCAGACCAGAGCUCCGAAUAAUCACCCGCGAGAAUGACGAAAAGUCGUCAGAUGCCCUGUCCAUCGGUGGCUUUGAGCACUAUGUGGCCAAUGACUACUCCUUAACAACGUGGGGAUCCGGACAAGGUGGAACAAAUGGACGGCAGAUGGCAGGAGCAUCCCCAAGUGGCCGCAGCACACAAUUUGUGGACUGGUGGACUGAAGGAGAUGAACCCUUAUUCUAUGUUGUGUCAUCCAAGGAAGUGGUGGUUGCUAAGCCCAGAGAUGGGAGUGACAGAGUGAACUGGUUGCUGACACACAGGAGAUACGAAAAAGCACUGAAGGUGGCGGAAAGUCUAAGGAAGCGUGAUCCCGACACGUACGAUCAGGUCGUGGACAGAUACAUGGACCACCUGUUCACUAAGCAGCGCUUUGAGGAGGCAGGCAAGAUGUGUCCAAAGCUCUUGCAUCAUGACUACAACCGCUGGGAGCGCUACAUCUUCCACUUUGCCCAGAGGAGUCAGCUGCACACCCUCGCCAAGCACAUACCCACCAGCAACCCCACCCUGAAGCCCGCCGCGUACAACAUGGUCCUUCGCACUUGCGUGCCCUUCCCUGCCCAGCACAGGCGGCUGCUGGAGCUGGUGACGGUGUGGCCGUCGACCGUGUAUUCGGUGACGGCACUCACGAAGGAGGUGCAACAGAAGGUGGAGGCGCUGAGGGGGGACAAGUCGGUGCUCAUGGAGGUGCUGGCCCAGCUCUACCAACUGCAGAACAUGCAUGCCAAUGCCGUGGACAUCUACAUCAAGUUGCGCUGGCCAAGUGUCUUCGAAUACAUCGUGAAGCACCGGCUGCUGCCAGCGUUGAACGGCAAGCUCACAGCCCUCAUAUCCCUGAAUGAGGACAAGGCGCUUGAGCUGCUGGUGGAGAACUCUGAGGACAUGGAGCCUGGCCGGGUGGUCACCGAGCUGCAGGCAGCCAUGGAGGUGUGCAAGGAUGACAAGGACAAAAGGCUGCACCAAAAGUGGGAGAAAUGGCUGUUUCGGUACAUGGACCGACUAGUGAAGGCCAACCCCCUGGCAGCCCCAGAGUUCCACCAACUGCUGGUGGAGCUGUACGCCGACUACGACGUGGCCAGCCUGAUGGGCUUCCUGCGCAGCAGCCACCAGUACCCGCUGGACGUGGCCUACGAGGUGUGCAAGAAGCGAGGCCUGGUGAAGGAGCAGGUGUACGUGCUGGGGCGCAUGGGCAACUCCAACGAAGCCCUGCAGCUCAUCAUCAAGGAGCUGGCGGACAUGGACCAGGCCAUCGAAUUCGCCAAGAGCCAGAACGACGACGAGCUGUGGGACUCGCUCAUAGACUGGGCCGUGGGGACCGCGGCGACGACCGGCGACCUUCUGGACCACGUGGGCGGCAUGGUGGACCCCCUCCGCGUCAUCACGCAGAUCCCCCGCGGCAUGGAGAUCGCCAACCUUCGGAACCGGCUGGUCAGGAUCAUAUCCGACUUCAGGACGCAGACGUCGCUGCAAGAGGGCUGCAGCCACCUGCUGCGGUCGGACUGCGUCCGGCUCGCCACGAGGAUGUACGGCGAGAUCCGUCGCGCCCUCAAGGUCGUCCACGUCUGCAGCCACGACGCCGCCAGCCCCGAGGAGGGCGCCUGGUACGAGUACGCCACCACCACCGGCGGCCUGAGCCCCUCCGUGGAGCCCCAGCUGGAAAACGUGACCGUGCUGGACUACGCGAAGCCGCGGCAGGUCGCGCCAGGCGCGUCCAGCAGCGGCCUUCUCAGCAGGAUGACGUCAGGGGGGCCGUCCAGAGGUGGGUGGAUCCGCAUGGGGUUCGUGGAGGAGAAGCCGGGGGAUUUGGACGACGUGACUCGGUUCAGGUACAUGAAGCGGGCGGCGUCGUUGAGAAAGUCCCACGGCAGCCACAAGCGCCUGGACCUGCCGAGCUUAGUGUGA